AUGGGAUCGAUUGAUGUUUCGUUUUUCUACGGUGAAGAUCCGGAGAGGUGGGUUGAGUGGAUCGACCCAUUCGUUGCAACUCACAGCUUCACCGAUUUCGAAACAAGACUUGUUGCGUAUGGGUUCAUUGAAAGUGAUGUUAUGUCGUGGUCUUCCUUAGGGUUCCUAUAUAUGGACAAGAUUAGUUCACUGUCGGAUGAUCUGCUGUUAAAGAUUCUCUCAUCGCUUCGUACCAAAGAUGUCCUUUCAACAAUGUUUCUCUCCAAACGAUGGAAGUUUCUUUGGACCAUGGUUCCAAAACUCGAUUUUGCACAUGUGGUCGGGAUUCGAAACCAGCUGGCGGUAGCGGUCUUGAAACUUUAUAAAUCGAUUCUUGUGUAUGUUCCUGAUGAUCUCGUGGUCUCGCUUUCUUCUCUCAAAACAUUGCACCUUCUGUGUGUGGAGUAUGAAAACGAAGAAUCGCACCGCAGGCUUUUAAGGGGUUGUCCUGUUCUGGAGGAGUUGGUUGUGGACAAAACUGAUAACUGGAGUGUGCGGUCAUCCUCUGUUGUAGUGCCUUCCUUGGAGAGAUUAUCUUUGAACUACGUAGAUAUCAUUGACUAUGGUCAUUUGUGUUUGAGUGAAGAUAUGCCCGAGUUGGUGGAGGCACAUGUUAAACUUGUUUGCAAAAAUCAUGAGAAGCUCAUGAGGUCUCUUACAGCAGUCAAACGCCUCUCUUUAUGUUUGUUUAAUCAUUCAAUGGUUCAGCAUCGCAUUGGAUUCGAUCAGCUUGUUCACCUAGAGCUAUGUGGAUGCAGCCCAAAGUGGUGGGAUCUACUUACUUGGAUUCUCAAAAGUUCUCCUAAACUACAAGUUCUCAAGCUCAACCAGGAGGAGUGCUUUUGUUCUGUAAAGCCUAUUGAACGUUGGUGGGAAGAGCUGAAUACCUGUCCCAUAAAGCCUAUGGAAGGACGUUGGGGACAGCUAAGUUCCGUUCCUGAAUGCUUGACGUUUCAUCUCAAUACUUUUGAAUGGAAUUAUUACAAUGGAAGACGGGAAGAGAAGAAACUGGUGGCUUAUAUCCUAAGAACCGCCAAACGGUUAAAAAUUGCAGAGAUCUCUGCAUGGGAUUUGGAUCCAGAAGAGGAAUCUCAGAUACUCAAGGAGGUGGCUUCUUUGCAUAGGGCUUCAAAGUCAUGUAAGCUUUUGUUGGGUUCUUAA